CAUCUUUCUGGACGCGAUCGGGACACCACGCGUCGGUUGGGAUACCUAUUCUCAUUGUCAGCGGCAGUUCGAAUUGAUUCGGGUUCAAGGUUUAUUUAUCGAUAUCCGUGCACACGUCACUCCAUCACCACAUCCAUCCAUCCAUCCAUCCAUCCAUCCAGCACCAUGGAGGAAGAAUGGGAACCACCAGUGCCGGCCGGGUAUAACGACGCCAACCGUGCCUUCAUCCAAGCCUUCAUGGCACGAGGCACCCUGACCUUUCCCGAAGGACAGAAGCUCGUUGCCGCGAUUCUCUCAGCCACCGAGGGCGAGACCGUGGACCCGCAGUCCAUCACCCAGGACACAUUCGCCGGCUUUGUUCGCACCGCCCGCGAGGCUGUGGAGCCUCUUGACUACGACAUCCGCAGCUCUCGGGACCAGCUUCGAAAUGGAGAGCGCAUCUGGGCCUUCAUCAACGCCCACAGCGACCCUGCCACCCAGAUGGCCACCACCCGCUCUCCCGAGGAGGUAGCCUACAUUAAGCGCUUGAUGGACCUCCUGUUCGACGAGUACAACACCGUACGAAUGGAGGUGAUGGCCGUCGACGAGGGACAAGCCCUCAAAGCCUCUCGUCCCAGCAAGCGGCGAGAGAGUCAGCAUGUAAACGGCGAAGACGAGGAAGGCCAACCAUCCACCACCGCAUCCGACCGUGGUCUCAAGCAUUCCGAGGUUCUGUCCCUCCUCUCCAGCCUCGUGGCCGAAGGCUGGCUGGAGAAGAGCCGUGCCGGGUUUUACAGCCUCAGUCCGCGCGCGCUGAUUGAGAUGUGGAGCUGGCUGGUUGCCACUUACAACGACGAUUCGCCGUCGGCUAGGGACUGGCAGCGCAUCAAGUUCUGUGAGUCGUGCAAGGAGAUUGUCACGUACGGCCAGCGCUGCUCGGAGAGGGACUGCACCGUUCGGCUGCACGACAUUUGCGAGGACCGCUACUGGCGCACGAGGAGGGGAGAGAAGAAGUGCCCCAAGUGCGAGACUGAGUGGACCGGAAACCACUUUGUCGGCGAGCGGGCUAUUACCUCACGCCAGGCUUACCAGAGGGGCAGAGGCGGCCGGGCUAAUGGCAACGGCAGUGGCAGACGGAGCGAUUUGGAAGAGGCAGUCGCCGCUCAGCAAGAGGCUGCUGCUGAUGAUGACGAUGAGGACAUGGCGGAGGCUUGAAAAUGUCCUGUUGCAUGGUUUACUCAGCAGUGGCCCAGCGGUGUUGCCAUAACACUAGUCUUUCUUUUUUUCUACAAAACACCCGACGUCAAUCCAGCACAGACAAACGUUCGUCAACUGGCGACAAAUAGUUGGGUUUGUAUUACGAAAUACCCAGGAUAUCUGAGAUGGAGUAUCACGACACUCCAGGGGCACAGCGCCCCAGCUUCGCGAAACACAUAAAAGUUUUGAACAUGUACAAGUCUUCUUUGGAAGACGGAAGACGCUUUGAUUUUUGUUAGACUACACACAUACAGCGCCAUCACUCACCUUACCCUUUUAGCGCCAAAAGGCCGGCGAUCAUGUUACCCCUGACUGUGCUCGGCCCAGCCAGCCACCCGCCCCUCCGUCUCGCAAUCUCCGCCGAUCAACCCUUGGCCCCGUACACUAACACUACUGUCGGUCAAAUUUACUUGAUAAAGCGACUAGCCCGGACUUGAGUCAGGACAGCAUCAUACCUGGACAGUCAGGUCCAAACUACUGCGAUAUACAGGGGCGCAAGACAAGCAAGCCGAAAGCGCUAUAAAGCAGAAUAGACCAACAAACAAACGAAGAAAAAUAAAAUAGUUGAAGCUGGUACUCCGCCUUGGAGAGUUACAGUUAACCUCAUGUGUGGGGAGGGACAGCCUGCCAGCUACUCGCCGCGAGGCUAUUUGAGAUCGAGAUCGCGUGGCCAGCGGCUAUGAUGGAAGGAGAACGUUCGCCGAACUUUGAUAUUUCUUCUUUGUUGUUCUGCUUUCUGGUGAGGAGAGAACAGCAUGGCAAGCACACGUUAAAUUCAAAUCGCUAAGCGAAGAUCCCUCCUGGAUUAUGGACAUGAUGUAUACACGAUAAUGAAGGUUAUGCAGAAAGAGAGAGGGAGAGAAAGAGCCGAAACAGUCAAACCCCCCAAUGCUGCCUCCAAGAACAAUCAGUAUGUCUUCUUGCUACUCCUCCAUUGCUGGUCUGCCCAAGUGUCUCGUGCGUGGUGAACACACCAUCAUCCUCGAGUGCCUUUCCUGGUGUGUGAAGGAGGCGGAGAUAGUCGGCCUGCCUGCCUUUAUGAAGUACUUGCGUUGACAACUUGACGGUUCUAGCGUGGGGGCCAAUGAGCAGCUUGCGUUGUGGGAUGAAGGAUGUGGUGUGUAUACCUACUAUUACAUUCUCUGGUAAAGAGAAUCACACUUGCGGAGGUUUCCUUGCGGUUGAAGAAGUGAGGGAAGGACCGCUGGGCCCG